UUUGUAGACCAUAACCCCAUAAGAAAAGAAGGAAACAUUUAAUGGACUAACCCAGUAUUCAGUAGAGUGAUUUUAGAGUCUUACAGCAAAGCUUUCAAGAACAGUAGUAAUAAGGAAGCAUCCACCGCCACUCUCCGAUGGGCUUGUUCUCUGCUGCUUCAUCGAAAACCUAAGAACCCAAACCUUCUCUUUCCACUUCAACUCCAAAAUGAAGUUACCUGAAAGUUUGAUUAAAGUUUGUCCACUGAAUUUGCUUAUUGCUGAGCUUAAUAGUUCACUUGCUGUAUUAGCUUAUUUUCACAAACUUUGUUAAGUGUGUAUUGGAAAAGAAUAUGGGGAUGCAAAUUCUUGGACUAAAAUGUUUAUUGUUGAAUUUGAUGACGUGGGUGAUAGAGUUUUGGGGUUAAGGGCUAAUGAGGAGUCUUUGGUGUCUAAAUACAAUGAAACUUUGGCUGCUUAUGAUAAUUGUAAGAAAGAAAGUUUUGAUCUUGGAAUACAAGGACUUCCAGAAGCAUUUUAUAUUCAGACUUGCACUCGGAGCCUUGUGUUCUCUGACAAUGAAAGCCGUUCGGUUUCUUAUGGAGAUGUCAAGAAGGUGGAAACACCAACCAGAGAAGAGAGGGGCAAGUACAUUUUGAUCCAUUUCAGACUAGUUGAGGUUUGAUGGCUCCAACUGGCAGUCCGCCUUAAAUGUGACAAAUUUUUUCUACGAGUUAUGGAACAUAUUCGUUUUAAUUGCACCAUUGGUACCAAAUUUUUGCACUUUUUUCUAAAUGGUACCAAACUUUCAAUUUGUUUCUUUUUGGUACCACUCCUAUUAUUUCUGUAUCUUCCGUCAAUACCAAAGAGGAAUCCGGCACUUAUUUGCUGAUGUGGCUGCCGGAUUUUGAAUUGAUAACACACCACUUACCACAUCUGUUGCUGACUCAACAAAUAGUUAUCCAACUCAGCAAUUAAAAACAUCUAGUUUUUAUUCCCAAUUUAUAACCCUAAAUCAGGAAAAUUCCUAAAUUAUGAAACCUAGUUUUUAUUAUAUCGAUCGAUUUACUUUCUGUAAUAAUCGAUUCUGUAGUUUCCUUGUUCUUUAUCGUGUCGUAUUGGAUUACAGUGUGUUUAGUGUUGGAGUUGAGCCACUGAUCUAUAUGUACAUGGUGACUUAGUCUGUCGAACUGAAAGUGAAGCUUCGUCUCUCGAACUGAAAGUGAAGCUUCGUCUCUCGAACUGAAAGGAAAUCCAGGCGCAAGUUUGGUUAUGCUCUAUUAUAGUAAGUUUUGGGGAUGCUGUCUUAGCUUACAUUGAUAUGUUUUGAGUUGUAAUGAAGAACCUUCUUCUUGUACAUAUUCUUCAUUUGUCAUUUUAUUAACUUAAAAAUGGACAGUGGUGAAUCUCACCUUACAACUGAGCUGCUGAAUGAGUACAAGAAUGGAUUAAAUUGCUAAAUUCAAAGCUGCAGAAAAUGAAAGAAGAAAGAGCAUGAAGUGCAGAAUGGACCUGUCUAAGCUUGGCUGUUAUGGUUUGGCUAGGAUUGUUAUUUUUAAGAUAUAGCUUUACUUAAAGAUGUAGUUUGGAUACAGUAGUAUUUACAACUACUGUUAGUUAUGUAAUUUACUGAUGAAUGAAUGAAAUGAUAAAUGAGUAUUUGGUUUUUA